AUGUCUACCGAUCUGUCUCUCUAUUCGCUAUAUUUGGCCACGCCCGCUCAAGCUGAAGAAGCUCGAAAGCGAUCAUUUCAGGAAUGGGGAAGGGGUGUUACCCUGGAAGAGUACCUUGAGCGAGAUGCCAGAAUUGAGAGAAGCACCGUUGGCGCGGAUGGUCUAUUCGUAGCAUGGGUACUCGCGCCUCGAGAUGACCCAACAACGCUAGAUUUUAUGUGCGCCUCUGAAACUUUCCGCAGAGAAGUGGUCAUCACGAAAGGAACCGGUUCCAACUCCUCAACGGAAAUCGGCGUGGGUUAUGGAAUCGCGUCCGUGUAUACUCCUCCAGAGAAAAGGAAGAAAGGCUACGGGAAGCAUAUGAUGCGACUUUUACACUGGGUUCUCUCAAAGCCAGAAGCCCUUCCAAAGUUCCCUGAAGAAUGGGGUGCUCCACCUACCCGCCACGAAGGAUUUGGAAACGCGUCUGUGUCCGUCCUGUACAGUGACGUCGGCACGCGAUUCUACCAAUCUUGUGGACUGCUGAAAGAGUCCGAUGAUGGUUGGGUCGCUGUGGAGAAUCGAGCUUCAACUAUUUGGACGGUGGACCAAUUGGCUAAAUGGGCCAAGGAGCGACCGGCGCAGGAAGCAAGCAAGUGGGAGUGGCUCGACAGGGAUCGCAUCCUAGCAGUCUGGGAGAAGGAUUCAUCGGCAAUUCGAGAAGAGAUGCCGCAAGUGCAGUUGAAGGAGGGUGCUCAGGCCGGCUUUUCUUUCAUUCCAGGGGGUGGCCUAGGAGAGUUCCAACACCUCCGAGUCCAAGCUUUCAUAGAAAAGCAGGUCCCGAACCCGCAGUUCUUUGGUGUGGCCAUCGGGGGGGAGCAGGGUGCAUCCAGUCAGACAUACGCGUCAUGGAGUUUCGAUUAUCCUCGUGCUGGGAAGAUGAUCAUAACCCGACUGCGCGCCCCACCUACUCUGUUCUCAGAGUUGCUCGCACAGAUCGCGGGAUACGCCAGAACUCUCUGCAUGGAGACCCUGGAGGUGUGGAACCUCCCAGAGGAACUACUACCGGUCGCACACGAGGCGGGAGGUGUCACCACAAUCCUGGACAAACAUAUCCCAUGCACGAAGUGGUAUGGCCCAGAGAACGUUGAGUGGGUGAACAACGAGAAGUGA